GCUAUGCUGACAUGGCUGCUUCCACAGCGGGCUCGGUGCGGGUGGGUUUACUCGGGGCUGCGCUCCUCGUUGCGGCCGUGUGGAUCCCGUCCGCCUCCGCCCUGAUUGAAGGGCUUUACUGCGGGACGCAGAUCUGCUACGACGUGCUGGGGGUGAGCAGAGAGGCCAGCAAGGCGGAGAUCGGGCGCGCUUAUCGGCAGCUGGCCAGAAAGUAUCACCCCGACCGCUACCAGGGAGAGGAGGGCGAGGAGGGCCAGCAGAGGUUCCUGCUCAUCGCCACGGCCUACGAGACUCUGAAAGAUGAAGAAUCACGCAAGGACUAUGACUACAUGCUGGAUCACCCAGAGGAAUAUUACAGCCACUACUACACUUACUACAGGAGAAGGCUGGCACCCAAAGUGGACGUUAGGAUAGUCAUUCUCGUAACUGUGUGCGCAAUCUCACUUUUUCAGUAUUACAGCUGGUGGAGCAGCUACACUGAAGCCAUCAACUAUCUCACCACCGUCCCAAAGUAUCGCAUCCAGGCGACCGAGCUGGCCAAGCAGCAAGGCCUGUUAAACCGCACCAAAGAGAAGGGCAAGAACCGGCGCUCCAAAGAGGAGAUCCGCGAGGAGGAGGAGGAGAUCAUACGAGACAUCAUCAAAAACAAGAUAGACAUCAAAGGGGGCUACCAGAAGCCCAACAUCUCCGACAUUCUCCUCUGUAAGAUCAUUCUGUUCCCGUACUACCUGUGCACCUACGUGGCGUGGUACUGCUCGUGGGUCUAUCGCUUCAGCAUUCGCGGAGAGGAGUACGGAGAGGAGGAGAAGCUGUACAUCAUCCGCAAGAACAUGAAGAUGUCGCAGGCUCAGUUCGACAGCCUGGACGAUCACCUCAGGCGAACCUUCCUGGAGCGCCAGCUGUGGAUUAAGGAAAACUAUGAGGUAUAUAGAGAAGAGCAGGAGGAGGAGAUGAAGAUGAAGAUGGCCAUGGACCCGCGGUGGAAACGCUACAGACGAUGGAUGAAGAGCGAAGGGCCUGGCCGCAUCACUUUCAUCGAUGAUUGACCGCACACAUCACGCACAUACUGGUCUCUUUACAACAACCAGCCUGCCUGUGCGUGUUAGAGUACAUACGCUCAUGUUUACACAGGACUUUUAUGUGCGUUUAUAUCAAGACCUUUGACUGAUUUUUCAUAGAUAAUAAUGAGACUCUAAGGUGAGGGCUAUUCUGUGUGUAUGGAGGCUGCUGUAACCGAGCUGUCUGCUCUCCCUGUCCGAGAGGAGCUCUCUGGAGCAGAUCUGGGAGUUUUGGAGUUCUUGGCAGCUCCAGGUUUUGAUUAGCAAUCAGAGCGGUGAGCUCAUCCACUCGCUGCUGUCAGCUUUGGCCUUUUGGUCGUACGGCAAGGCUGUCGAUCUGUCUGUCUGUCCCACCUGUUUUGCCUCUUUAUGCAUCUCACCAAUGGAAUAUUAUAUUUUUAAAAGAAUAUUAAAGUGACUGUUAAACUGUUAA